AAUCAUGGAACUUUGUGUUUAAAGUGGAAAAGAAGCAAACUUGGAGAACCCCAUUUGUGGGAAACUUGUAAAACCAAAAUUAGAAAACAUGUUUUUCUACAAUGGGUAUCUUCCUGAUUGGUUCUUGAUUGAAGUUUUAUCAAGAUUGCCUUUAAAAUGUGUUUUUAGGUACAAAUGUGUAUCAAAACGGUGGCGUUUCUUGAUUUCUUCAACUUCUUUUUCUAACUUGUAUGUAUCUAAUGCUCCUUUGUUGACACCUUGGACCAUACUUGGUAAUGCUCUUUGUGUUAAGAGUUAUGAUAGCCUUUUAGUUCAGUCAUUUUUACCUGGCGUGUUUACGGAUAAUAAGUUGCAUUCAAAAUUUAGUGUGGUGAAGUUUCCUUGUGUUGUGAGUUGUGAAGGUGGUGAGAGGUGUAGUAUUGUUGGAGUUAGUGAUGGACUAGUUUUGUACUGUCGUGGUGCAAGUGGGGAGGAGAGUGAUUAUUACGUUUACAAUGCUAUUACGGGGCAUUGUGUUGAUCUUCCUCGAACUUCCACGUGUUUUGGAUAUGUUAGUACUGGUUUUUUAAUGGAAUCUGAAGGGGGGUCUUUGAUGAGUUACAGAGUUGUGAGAUUGUAUUGUCCGUUUGGUGAGUCGUAUGUACUCAAGUUUGAGGUGUUCUCGUCUGAGACUGGAUGUUGGAGGAGUUUUGUUGUGCAUAUGGAUCUAGCUAUUGAAGUUGUUUGGCUUAGGAGGCCUGUUGCGUUGAAUGGGAAGCUGCAUUGGAUUGAUCGUCGACAUGGGAUUUUGGUGUUUGAUCCUUUUGAUGAUUCCAAUCAUUGUCACGUAAUUGGACUCCCUGCCGAUAUAGAUAAGCAAUGCAUUGAUGCGAGAAAUGACGGAAGUCCUGUUUUGUUUGAUGUUCAUCAGGGUCGAUUGAGGUAUGCUGAGGAAUCUGUUAAGACUGUGUAUCCCUUUGGAUUUUCGGGCAUUUCUGUUUGGGUUCUUGAUGACUAUGACUCUUCAAGAUGGACUUUGCAGCACAGGGUAAAGAUCCGGGAGAUCUCGUUCGAUGAUAUUUUAAUCAGCAAAGCGUUAAAUGGGACCAUUCCUACUCCAAUCGCCUUCCAUCCGCUUGAUGCCAACAUCUUUUACCUUGGUUUUGGGGACACUGUCGUCUCAUACAACAUGAAAACAUUAAAAUUGGAUGCCCUUGUCAAUCCAGCUGAUGUUCGCGGUAUGCUUCUAAGUAGUGGACGAGACAGAUUUAUAGAAACACCUUGUUGGUCAUCGGCAUUCUUGUUCACGCUUCCUCCAUGGCCAAUUUCUCUUCCUAUUAAGGAAGAAACAGUAGCAAAUGGUGAUCUUUCCUGUGUAUUGCGAACUAAUAAAGACCUGUAGUGGCUUAAUGACACAAGAUUCCUCGUGCCUUAACGUGCUGCUGAAUAGAUGUGUUUUUGCUUUGGUAUGCUAUGCAUAACGCAUUGUUAGUUUCUUCGCUUGUUCUUGUUUUUGUCGAUGGUCUGAAUGAGUAUACCAUAACAUAUUCAGUAACACAUCCGUUUUUCUUGUUAGCA